UCCUGGCUUACAUGUACAGAGGAUUUGAUCGAGCCUCUAUGGGCGAGAGGCUUGAGGUCGCUGCAUUUAGCUCUCUUCUUCAGGUAAUACAUUUAAGUAUGUGUAAUAAAACACUAAAUAUAUUUUUUCGAAACGACGACUGAUAAAUAAUUUUUUUGAUAACUAUGACAGAUAUGGGUGUGGACUAGGUUGAGACCUUUUCAGCCCAUAGCUGCUCACCCUCCCGAUGACUAUGUUGCUGAGGAUAUGCCAUAUGCGCGGAGAUGGUCGCGGGCCGUGCCGAGAGGUGUGGAGACGCACCAUGUUAUUCUCCCAUUUAGGGAUCAGUUAGACCGCAUGACAGCGCACGAGGCUUUCAUAUGGACGCUGUAUGAUCAGAUUUUGGGUCAGCUGCCGACGUUUUGUAGGGCUGGUGAGCAUAUGUGGAUGGCACGGUGUACAUUGAUCCAUAUGGACAUCGUUAAGUAUCACGCGCCCGACCACGUGUUACGGCAGUUUGGGCAUGUACAGAACAUACCCGCGGCUACACGUUGGGAGCACACCCACUAUACCAGGGACGAGCGUUCGAUCGACAGUGCGGCAUGGCGGGCGCGUAUGCACCAGGAAGUCGAUGCAUAGAACGCGAGGAUGACGACUCUAGUGGCGGUCAGACAUGACACUCCGUUCCAUGAGUACAUGACGUGGUACAUGCAUAUCACUCGCUCAUUGAUUGCUAACCCCUCGACGCCUCGUCCUGAUGGCCGAGGAUAUGCAUCACUCUCAGGAGCAUAUGAGGCGCUGCUACGGAUGACUCUGAUGAUACGCCAUGAGAGCAUUCCCCGUACGGAGUCCACCGACCCCGGGAUAGCGGCAUAUGCAGCACGGAUAGUUCAGCUUACCGACACUGGUAUGACACGGGCACAGGAGUGGCAUCGUGUCGAUGAGGAUGUUCCAGAGCCUGCUCCAGAGCCUAUACCAGAGGGUGGUAGGGCUGAUAGAGGUGGUCGGGCUGAUAAAGGUGGUCGGGCUGGCAGAGAUCUAGUAGAUGAGCCUGACGAUAUAGCCCAUCAGGCUCCGUCGGCUACAGAUAUCCUGUCGACUUCUUCUUUCAGGCCGUCGACUUCACAGAGACUUGGAUAUACGCCAGAGAUGUUCUCACAUUAUGAUCCUUGGUUCAUUCUUCCGCGCCUGUGGACCCGUCUCCUCUUGUUCAGAUUGACCCGUCUCUACCUCCAGCUACAGCUCCAGGUAGCGCUCAGGAGACCGUUGAGGAGAGAGAGAGAGAGAGAGAGAGAGAGGCUAGCUAAGGAGCCUUCUGACCAGCCAUCUCAGGAGGCCGUCGACACACAGGUUCAUUUUUCUGCUCCUGUGGUCCAGUCUCCUUCGAUUGAGUUAUCUCCUGAGGCAUCUACUGAGGCUACUCAGGUGGAGACCGCUGCCGUCUCCCACAGGAAGCGUAUUUUCACUCAGGGCCUGAAGAAGGGAAGAAAGGAUGAUCAUGCCAUAAAUCAUCCUGUCAUUAAGAGAGGAGAGAGAGGAUCCCGAUGA